AUGUUACUUAUGUCACCGCCAUCAAUGCUGCACCCAAAGCCAAAGGCAGUCUUUGGCCUCUACGGCAUUGGUGGUCAGCUGAUCUCUUCUCGUUAUUAUUCGGUCAAGUGGCCCAUAACAGCCAAUGUUGCCGACUUUCAACAUUAUCUCAAUUCGACUGACGAAGAUGGCGAUAUUCCUUCUCCGGUCAGCGGUGUUCCUCUUACCUGGCCAAUUCCUGAGGAAGGUGAAAAGGCUCGAACAAGUGGUGGUUCAUUUGAAUACCACAAUUUUGACAUCGUAUGCGCGAUGAAAUUUGACUGGAUGGUGUCAGAAGUGUGCAUAGGCUAG